AUGCUGCUUCAUCGUCGAGCUAUUGUUUCAUUUGGCCUCCGUAUGUGUUCAGCUCAUACCACCACAAGACCUUUGGCGGACACGUCAAGCUUCAGCUCAGAUAUGUCUGAAUUCCGAAAGGCCUUCUCCAAAGCCAAGCACAUCGCAAUUAUCACCGGGGCAGGUGUGAGUGCUGAGAGCGGAGUGCCAACGUUCCGGGGUGAACAUGAAAAAUGGAGGAAAUGGCAGUCCCAAGACCUGGCUUCCCCAGAGGCCUUCUCGCGCUAUCCGUCCCGUGUCUGGGAGUUCUACCAUCACAGACGAGAGGUAGCCUUGAGCAAGAAGCCCAAUGCCGCACAUGUUGCAAUAGCUGAGUGUGAGGCCCGGCUUAAAAAGCAGGGCCGCAAUGUUGUGGUCAUCACGCAGUGCAUCGACGACCUGCACCAGCAGGCCGGCUCCAAACACGUGCUCAGGAUUCAUGGUAGCCUGACGGAGACACGUUGUCUUAGUUGUGGUGAUGUGGAUGUCAACAAGCGCAGCCCCAUAUGUGCAGCGCUCAGGAACAAGGGGUCUCCUGACCCUGACGUUGCCGAUGCUAACAUUCCAGUGGAUAAGCUACCAAGGUGUUCCGAAAGUGAUUGCAAUGGUCUGCUGAGGCCGAACGUGGUGUUUUUUGGGGAGACGCUGGACUCGCACCUCCUGACCAAAGUGGAAAAAGAGCUGGAAAUCUGCGAUCUUUGUUUGGUGGUGGGUACAUCGUCCAUUGUUUACCCGGCAGCCAUGUUUGGCCCCCAGGUGGCAUCCAGAGGUGUUCCUGUGGCAGAAUUCAAUCUCGGAGGAACACCAAAAUCAGAGUACUUCACGUACCACUUUCAAGGCCCUUGUGGAACGACACUGCCUUCGGCCUUGGCACAGCAUGAGUCCGAGGUUGUUUAA